AUGUGGAAAACACUCAGAAUGAAAGGGAAACUCCCAUAUCUCUUCCUGCUGGUAGGAGCAAUCAUGACUGCUCAAUGCCAGGGUUUCCGCAUGCGUUUCAAACGGGGAGCCAGAUCUAGAGCCAUUUGCACAGACAAUUCAUCUGGAGAAAUUUACCAGCACAGGGGGACCUGGCUGAGGCUCUCACGGAACAGAAUAGAGUACUGUAGGUGCAACAGUGGUCAGAGCCGCUGCCACACUGUGCCUGUUAGAGCCUGCACUAGAAAUAAGUGCUACAACGGGGGCCAAUGUUCACAGGCAUAUUAUUCCCCACAGCUCUUCAUCUGCCAGUGCCACCAUGGUUUUUCUGGGAAGCAGUGUGAAAUAGAUACUGAAGUUAAGUGCUACAAAGAUGCUGGAGUAACAUACAGGGGUACAUGGAGCAUGACAGAGAGUGGAACUGAAUGUUUAAACUGGAAUAGCCAUGGCUUGGUGGACCGAAUGUACAGCGGCCAAAGAGAAGAUGCUGCUGAGCUGGGAUUGGGCAAUCACAACUAUUGCAGAAACCCAGAUGAGGAUUCCAGACCCUGGUGCUAUAUCUAUAAAGGAGGAAAGUACAUCUGGGAACACUGCAGCGUGCCCUCCUGUUCAAAAGUUGGGAACAUCAACUGCAAAUCUGGAAGAGGCACAGAUUACCGAGGCAGCCACAGUGUUACCAGUUCUGGAGCUAUCUGUUUGAGGUGGAAUUCUCAAAUCCUUGUCAACAAGUUAUAUACUGCUUGGAGAAGAGAUGCUUACCAGCUGGGCCUUGGUAGUCACAAUUUCUGCCGGAAUCCUGACAAUGACAGCAAGCCCUGGUGCCAUGUACUGAAAGGAAAUCAGGUCACAUGGGAGUACUGCAACGUGCCUACUUGCUCCGCCUGCGGGUUACGGCAGCGCAGAGGACACCAGUACAGGGUUCAGGGUGGCUCCUAUGCAGACAUUGCAGCUCACCCAUGGCAAGCUGCCAUCUUUGUGAAGUAUCGCCGAGCACCUGGAGAGCACUUCCUCUGUGGAGGAAUUCUGAUCAGUUCCUGCUGGGUUUUGUCAGCUGCUCACUGUUUUGAGGAAGGCUUUAGCACAAGUCAGCUGAAGAUUGUGCUGGGUAGGACUUCCCGAGCCACUCCUGAGGAAAAUGAACAAAGGUUUCAAGUUAAGAACUACAUUGUGCAUCGGAGAUUUGACUCAGAAAAUUUCAACAAUGACAUUGCUCUGCUACAGUUGAAUUCAGAUGCAGAAGACUGUGCUAUUGAAACAGACACUGUCCGUGCUGCCUGUCUCCCAGCACCGGGACUGCAGCUGCCUGACUGGACUGAAUGUGAGAUCUCUGGUUAUGGCAAAAAGGAAGAAUUUUCUCCAUUCUAUUCAGAGCACCUGAAGGAAGGCCACGUCAGACUGUUUCCAGCCAGUCAGUGCACAACACAGCAUCUAGACAACCGGACGGUCACAGACAACAUGUUGUGUGCAGGAGACACAAGGCACCUUGAUGAUGCCUGCAAGGGUGACUCUGGAGGACCUCUGGUCUGUAUGAAGGAUGAUCGUAUGUAUCUAAUUGGAAUCAUCAGCUGGGGAAUAGGCUGUGGCCGCAAAGACAUACCUGGCGUUUAUACAAAUGUGAAUCGUUAUCUGGACUGGAUUCAGGACAACAUGAAACCCUGA